CAGGCGCACCCUUUUGGUCCUCUUGCAGUUUUCUUCACCUCGUUUUUCGUAGUACUCGACGUCGUUGCACACAAUUUCUUUGAAGAUGAUAAGAACCCACCGCAAUCACGUCCUACCAGCCACGCUCUUCCGCUUUUGCCGAAAGUUUGGGAUCGCGACCGUUUUCUUGGACGGGGCGCAGUUUCAACAAAAUUAUGUCGCGUUGUAUCAGAUAGGCACGAUAGCCGGAGCAUAUGCGACUGCGACGGAACGAGUGGACGAGGCGGCGCAGGCACAGCAGGAUUUGGGAGAGGGAACCGAGAAUCACGAAACAGAAGCCGUCGCGGCCGAACAUGAGAAUAAAAAGAAAGGGCAAAAAAUACAGUCAGACGAGAAUCCGCUGCUUCCAUCCAAUAUGUUAGAUGCACUGGCCAGAGAGCAAGACUUAUGCCGCGAUACCGCGAAGCUAGAGACCUCGUUAUUCACGCAGACGGGCACCGUCCUCGCGGGCAACACGGUGUUGCGGGCGGACAUGCUGGGCAGCCCCGGGACGGAUCCGCACCACGGCAUUCAAGAGUACGAGUUGCAAGUGCAGGAUGGAGGGACGGCGCAAGUGUAUGCGAAAACGCUGUCCCUGGAGUACGACGCGGUUGACGGGUUUCGACUUUCCCACACGUGCGGGAACAUGUGUCUCUGGUUCGCCCGGACCCGGACUGACCUGCCCUGUGGCGGCUUUUCGCUGGAGUUCGGCAGUUUCACCGCCGAAGAGCUCGCGUCACAAGCCCCAGUCGAGGAUAGAAGGAGUAACACGACGACUUCCGGUGGUGCAGAAACCAGCACGGCGCAGGGUAAAAACAACACUUCUGCCGCAAGCACCAGUAGUUUUUCCCAAAUUGAUCUUGUUUCCGAGAAGCUGCUGCAGAGGACGCAAUCGGAGCGAAGGAGCACCAGUGCAGCUACAACUUCUGGAGGAGCAAGUGAAAGAACCACUUCUGGAGGAGCAAAAAUCCUGGUCGAAGAAAACAAGCAAAAAGGCAAAGAAACUUCUCUCAGCAAGGAGACCACGAGCACCACCACUCAAGUACUAAAUAGCAGGUCGCACCACCAAGAAGGAGUACAACUAGCAGGUGAGCAGGACGUCGACCCUUUAUUUCGUGUAGGAUCUACUUCGGCAUCGGCUGUCGUGGGAGAAGUAGAGGAAGAUCCUACACUUGUUCCGCCUGUUGUUCCUGAGCAGACUCUCCUUCAGCAACGGGCACGUCAAAUGGUGAAAGUGACCUGUUGGAUGUUUUUCAGCGAGGUUGACAAGUGGCCCACGCCGCUGCGCGACACGCGGGAUCUGCUGACUUGCCAGCGGACGAGCGUGCCGGACCCCACCGAAAUCGCACCCCAGAAGCAGCAGAAGACCUUUUCGGAAAUUUUGGCCGAGUACUGGGUGAUGUUCACGGUGUUAGGCGUACUGUUGGUAGUAAUCAUCAUCGCGAUCCCUGUUCUCUUGGUCUGCCGACACCAGCAGGACGACUUUACCAACCUUAGUGCAGGCUCGACGCACUACGGGGGUGGUUCGAUGCCGUACAAUUCCGGGCUGCAACCUCGAGUGAGCGGAGUGAGCGACGUCGCUGCUUCCAGUCAUUAUCCCCGGAUCUCCGGACGGGUUUCCAUGGCGGGAGGUUCGCCGCACGCCGGGAGUCCCCGAGUGUCAGUAGCCUCGGCCCAUUCCGUGGGAGUAGACCCGAUGCAGCUGAACCGGGCCAGUGCGAUGCUGCAGUUCGCCCCGGAACAGCACCAGCCAUCACCUCCGGCUUCGAUGCCGAGCACUCCGCGGGGCCGGGGCGGCCGAAGAGGAGGGAAGGGGCGGCAUAAGUGAUAGCACAAAAUGCGAGCGUUUUGAUAGAGUGGAUCUCUUCUGGAGCAGGGUAUGGCGAGCAUACGACGUGAGAGGAUGCAGUGAUCGACGUGAGAAGACGCAGCGGGAAAGCAAACAUCGACAAGGGAUGCGACAUAGGAAAUCUACCUUAUUUUUUUCUUGCAAAUAAUCGGCACUCGCAUUUGUGAGGACUCCUUUUUCGAUUUAGAAAGUCAUUUGUGUCGUUCAGUAAGUAUUUUGUCCUAGCUGGUUUUAUUUGCAGCGUGCCUCCAAGGCACUUCUACUUCUUCAACAAACGCAUCUUGCAUCAACUGCAUUUGAAAGUUGCAAAGCCUCACCAGUUGCAAUUAAGCCUGUGAUGCUAAACCUUGAACUCCAG